UGACGUGGAUCACAUGACUGUGACGUCAUCGACACCCAUCUUUCAGUUCAGGUGUUUUCUGGGAAUGAAACUCCUGCGUGCUGAAAGAUGGGAUGUUGUUUCUCCUCUCCCGAUGGAGAGAACGAGAGAGAACCUUUGCUUCAAUCCAGCAAUAAAACACAAACUGAAUCUGCAAGACCACCACGACCUGCAGCUAAUGAAUCUGCAAGACCACCACGACCAGCAGCUAAUGCAGAUGGAGUUCAGAAGAGCGGCAGCUUUACUGCUCGUCGUGUUGGCGUUCCCGGCCUCGAUGAGCGUUUUACUGACGUUGCUGAUACUUUCAACAAACAGCAGGACCGUUAUGAAACGAUGAAGAAUCAGCUUCAGACUCUUUCAAGCCACUUCCACUGCCCAAGUAACGACAGUCUGUCUCAAUGCCUGAAGAAAAUCAAGGAGAAACAUGAGCUCUGCCACAUCAGUCUGGAGGUUAAAGGAUACGACUUCAGUCUGAUGGUGAGAUCAGAGGCCGAGAUCCCCAGCGAACUGAAGCGGACGCAGGAGAACGUCACCGAGCUGAGCCGAGCCGCCAAAGCCAUCAUCUCCGUCAGCACUAAACUCAACGAAAUGAUCGACUCGCUUCUGAGAGCCGAGGACAGCAUGAUCAAUCAGGUCGAAGCUGCUGAAUCCAGACACCAGGAGCAGAGGAGGCUGGUGGACAACCUGCGGGAAAACCUCAGAGAGGCUCGGAGAGCCAAAGAGCUGAGUCCGAAGUACAGGAAAGAGGCUGGAAAUCUCCUCAAUGAGGCCGCAUUGCUCUCUGCAAUCACACCGUGAACUGACUUAGUCUCUUAGCUAUUAGCAAAUAUGAAGGAUUCUAUAAUGUUAAACAGUGAAGAGAAGACUUUAUCUCAAAACAAAAGUGAGAAAUUGCAAUGUUGCAACUGCACAUAUACAGUGGCAGUACAAAUAUACAAGAUGCAUAAAAUAAUAUUAGAAUUAUAAAAAAACAGAACAUGCAUGUAAUGCACAAAUCCACAUGUAAAUAUGUC